UCAACGUUCUGUAAUAUAUUGUUUAUUUCGGAUGCAUCUUCCUUCUUGAGGUGGUCAUCUACUUCACUUAGUCUCGUACUUACACCAAUACAACAUCACUUUAUGCACUCGGGGUUCAGGGUUUUAAUAUAAACGAAUAUAGAACGCGCAGUAUGAAGAUUGCUUGUUCAACUUGCCGGGUCAACUACUUGCGCUUCCUCUAUCAAUCGUCGUCAAGACACAGCUUGUUCAAGCGGCGAGGUGCACUUUGAUGCCUGGGUGCUCUCGGCCGGAAAGCCUUGCUUUGCAGUGCCUGCCGGACCCCCAUUGGGAAUUCCUUUUUAUGCCGCUGUCAACUACGUCGGAUCUGGGUACAACAUAUCAAUUUAUUUAGACGCAGAAUGCUCCCAACCUCUUGCUUCACUACCAGACAAUUAUCAAUUAGGCGUAUGCGAGUCCGUUGAAUCACCUCUGGGCUUCAUACACAUCAUCGGAAGUUGCCUCGCUGGUGAACGUGACGACGAGGAUGCCGUUGCCAGCGAAAAUAUGCCAAUGGCGAGUGAAGAAGCCGCCGAAGAAUGCUGUGCAUGCAUACCCGAAGAAAUUUCUGAUAUUCCAAUAGCUUCUGACGACGCUAUGAUGACCGGAAUGCCCACGGAUAAUACAGUCAUGGUUCGUCGGCAGGGAGGACCUGACAUUGGCAUCUCAGAGAUCGGCGAGUGCUGCCCUUGCGACUUAGCAGAUAUCCCAUUGCCAGGUGAAACUGGUAUAUUUGAAGGUGGCCUCGCAGAUGCCGUUUCUGAUGUUGCGACCGAUCUACUUGAUGAUUUAAGUGAUGUGUUGGAUGCAAUCACUGACGCCGUAGAUCAGAUCAAAGUCGCAGCCGAAAAAUUGGGUUAGGUUUUAACCAAAUAUAAGAUAG